CUCCCCUUCGCCACUCGCAUCUUUCGUGCUCUCCCGACAUCAUGAAGACCCUGGCUCUUAUCUGCUUGUUCCUGGGCGUGGCCGCUGCCGUGCCCGGCCUCCGCCAGCGUCGAGACUCCAACUCGCUCUUCUUCGAGCUCCCCGCCGACGCAGAUUUGGUUCUUGGCGGAAUCAGCACGGGAUUCGAGUGCGGAGACCUGCCUUACGGAUACUACGCCGACCAGGCUAACAGCUGCGCCGUCUUCCACGUGUGUCUGCCCUACAUCGACAACGACCUCUACAUCACCCGCCACUUCUCGUUCAUGUGCGGCGAGGGCACCAUGUUCGACCAGGAGCGCCUCGUGUGCGACUUCCCCGAGAACUCCCUUCCCUGCUCCGAGGCCGCAAACUUCAGAAGAUCCAAUGAAUACUUUGGUCGCGAGAAUGUGAACUUCCUUGAGAAGUAACUUUAGGAAAUUUAUGUCUUUAAUUUAUUUUCUCUGACUGUGAGAUACAGCAUUUGGUUUUAUUUAGUUUAUUUCUUCUAAGUCAGUGCGUCUUUUUUUCGUGGCGCCAUGAUCAAAACAACAAACUUGCCACGCCCCAAAAAUUUGAGGUAAUAUGUUUGCUUUAAUGAAUCAAAAAUGAAGACUAACUGUAUCAAAAUCCAAAACGAUAUUUGGCAAACGUACACAAAUUAAGCAAAAGUAAAAAUAGUUGUCAACAAUAUGAAAUGCAAUAGUAAUUUUUUUGUGCGAUCGAGCCCAGUUUAAGAACCUCUUCUAAAUCAUGUACACUGACUUAUUAAACUCUUGUAUUAUUCAUAAUAAAUUCAACAACUUACA